AUGGGAUGUGUCCUUGGCCAAUAUGACGAGACCGGUAGGAAAGAAUACGUAAUAUACUACUUAAGCAAGAAGUUCACCGAUUGUGAGAGUAGAUAUUUGAUGCUUGAAAAGACUUGUUUCGCACUAGCUUGGGCUGCCAAACACUUAAGGCAAUACAUGCUCACUCAUACAACACUGUUAAUCUCCAAGAUGGGCCAUGUCAAAUACAUCUUUGAGAAGCCUGAUCUAAUCGGUAGAGUAGCCCGAUGGCAAAUGGCUUUAACCGAGUACAUCAUCCAAUAUGUCACUCAAAAGGCCAUCAAAAGGAGUGUACUGUCCGACUAUCUUACACAUCAUCCCUUGGAAGACUACCCGUCUAUGCUCUUGAAAUUCCCCGACGAGGAUAUUAUGUUGAUCAGGGAUUAUAACAUCCCCAACCCUGAGGAAGGAUCCAAGCCUGGAUCCCGAUGGACCUUAGUUUUGGAUGGAGCUUUGAACGCUCAUGGUAAUGACAUUGGGGCAGUUAUCACUUCCCCGACUGGUUUCCACCUCCCCUUCACUGUGAGGUUGUCUUUUGAAUGUAAAAACAAUAUGGCGGAGUACGAGGCAUGUAUCUUAGGUAUUGAAGUUGCGGUUGAUCUUAGGAUCAAAAUCCUUGAAGUCUACGAAGAUUCGGCCUUAGUCAUUAGCCAAGUCAAAGGAGAUUGGGCCACUAGAUAUCACAAGCUUAUCCCUUACAAGGAGCAUGUCUUUAAGAUAAUCAAAGAAGAUUGGGACACUAGAGAUUACAUUCCAUCACAUUCCUCGAGAAGAUAA